CUCCCGGACAGUUUCCAUUAGAGAUUCGAACGUAGAUUUUUUUUUUCUUUUUUUGUUGUAUGGUUAUCUCGUCAGUAGAUAGACAUAGUUGACUUCACCUGUUGCCCAGAGAUGUUGAGAACCGCUGAGCAGAUGUGAUCGGCUCGACCUUAGUUUAACUAACACAGAUCGUUCAGAACAACGUCGUUUUCUUGUGUGUAGUUUAAGUACAGCAGUGAGGAACACGGGCAUGGAUCUGAGACCGGAGCUCCCUACAGCCUCCUCUGCCUCUCAAGUCCACCCAGGAGCGGCAGCAGCGGCCGCAGCGGCCUCUAUCCCGGUGUCCAUGGCCGGCAACCUGCUGCGCGGCCCUCCUCUCCUCUUGCGCGCGGCUGACAAGUAUCCGCGUACCCCGAAAUGCGCCCGCUGCAGGAAUCACGGCGUCGUCUCCGCGCUGAAGGGCCACAAGCGCUACUGCCGCUGGAAGGACUGUAUGUGCGCCAAGUGCACCUUGAUCGCGGAGAGGCAGCGAGUGAUGGCGGCGCAAGUGGCGCUGCGGCGGCAGCAGGCGCAGGAGGAGAACGAAGCCCGAGAGCUGCAGCUGCUCUACGGCACGGCCGAGGGACUCGCCCUGGCCGCCGCCAACGGCAUCAUCCCCCCGCGUCCAAACUACGAGGUGUUUGGCUCUGUCAGCAGCGAGAGCAACUCAGCAGAUUCAAGUAUCCAGAAGUACGAGCUGUUUCCAAAGAGCCAGCACUCCGGGUCCGCGACCCCUCAGCAGCCUGUGGGGAAACCGGCGUCCACCGAGAGUGACUCGGCCCCGGGCAUCUCGUCCCCUGACGGCCGGCAUGGAGGCUCAGGUUCAGAGAACGGAGACAGCGAGUCUUUCAUCAGCUCGCCGGUGUCCAAGCCUUUAAAAGAUGGAGAGGACACUCCCGGGUCCGUCAGCUCCCUGGGCUCUGAUUCCGGCUCUGAGACCGACAAAGACGAGCAGGAGCCCUCCCCUUCCUCCGCGGCCUCCCGGCACAUGAACGCCAUCGACAUCCUGACCCGAGUGUUCCCCAGCCACAAGCGGAGCGUCCUGGAGCUCGUCCUCCAGGGCUGUGGUAAAGACGUGGUCCAGGCCAUCGAGCAGAUCCUUAACAACAGCGGCGCCCAAGGCCCCAACAAGGCCGGGACAGAAGAGACGUGGACGGCAGAGAGGAUGCUCCAGAACGCGCAACAGCCACCGCCGUCCUCCGCAUCCACAACCGCACCGACGAGGCCCAUGUUACCAGGAGCCAUGACGCUGAGUAACCGCUCUGCGUUUUCACCUCUGCAGCCAAACGCCCCGCACUUCGGCGCCGACCCCAGCACCUAUCCUCUGGGCACCCACCUGGGACUGAACCCGCUGCGACUGGCCUACUCUGCGCACAGCCGGGGACUGGCUUUCAUGACGCCCUACUCCACCACCGGGUUGAUGCCCACCCUAGGCUUCAGACCACCGAUGGACUAUGCCUUUAGCGACCUGAUAAGGGACAGGACAAUGUUACACAAAGAGCAAGGCUAUGCCAGCGGCCUGUACGGGCCUUUGGUCAACAACACGCCGGACAAACAGUGAGGCUGGUGGACUGACCGCAGAGACACAUUCCAUUGUAUUUGUAGCCACAAGUGUUGAAUGUUCUGGGGGAAAUCUGUUAUGUGUUUUGGCUACAGCCUACUGUACAUAAUAGGAUUAUCUGGCUUGUAGUCAAAUGGUCUGAGAGGGGGAAAACUAAACUCACUUAUGUGUAAUUUUCCAAAAUAAUUUUAUAUGUUAGACUACAAAAGUUUGGAUGACAUUCCCCAUUUAUGAGCCUGAUUAUGCCGUCAAUAAAAUAACGUGAGACUGAAAAGAUAUUUAUAGACUCCCAAAUAAAUCAUGACUAAGCUGGGAAAGCGAAAAGCAAACCCAGUUGCACAAUAGGCUAAAACCACAUAUACAUGCUUUUAUCAAUGAUUUAUAUGUCAGUUCUACAGGAUUUAAAAUAAAACGUAGUAACGAAGAAAUGAUUUAUUAGAGACUUAUUAUUAUUAUUAGAGACUUUUUAAAAAACCCACCAUUUUUUUAGCUGGUUGGUGAAGUUGAAGUUAAAAUAUAAUUUUCAAAAUCAAAGUUUAAAUAUGCAGUUCUCUCUCACACAUCGAAUAAUAAACGGGGGCAAAAUUAAGUUAUUAAAACAUGUAGCCUACGGAUGUUAACCCUAUUUCCUGUUGUAAAAGUUGAACUAAUGAUGUGUAAAUGCCAUCCCUUUUUUCCUAUGUAUUAUUUCAC